CACUUACAGCUCAAAAUGGCUCCACAAGGAUGGAUGAACCUCGACGCCCUGCCCGAGAACAUGACAUUUGGCGGCGAGGAAGGCGCAUUCAAAGGCCUGGGGUUCUCGCGCACUGAACGUAUCAUGGCGUUUGGCUUCAUUGGCGGCUUUGCAUGCUCGCUCCUCGGCGCCAUUCUGUUGAUUACGGGGCAGUCGAGCGCCUUUGCAGCGCUCUUCGGCGUCGGCGCGAUCAUCUCUCUCGUCGGCACUGGCUUCCUCAUCGGGUUUAGGCGGCAGGCCAAGCUCAUGUUUAAGCCAGUGCGCAUCGUCGCGACCAUCCUCAUGCUUGUGUCCCUGGUCUUGACAUUUGUCAUUGCCUUCCUCGUUGGGGGUGGUGUUGCUAUCAUCUUUGUUAUCAUCCAGUGGCUCGCAAUGCUUUGGUACUCGCUGUCGUACAUCCCCUACGCUCGAGAUGCUGUCAAGGGUCUCUUCAACCGAUUCACCUCGUAGAUGUGUGCGUGCAAGUUUCCAUGUAUAUGAUACAACGAGUCGAUAUGAAUACACCCUAUGAUAUGUGCUUGUGUGAC